AGGUGUUAAACGCAGACCUUUUCAGCAUAUUUAACAAGCUAGAUCGCUGUGAACAAGGUAUGGAAAAAUAUAGCUUAAGUUUCCCUGAAACGUUUUCAUUCCAAGGGUUGAAAGUAAAUACAAAUUAUUAACCAAGAGUGAGGUCAAUACAGGCCGGGUAAUCUCAGACCUUGGCUUUGAAUUAUUGACCUCAAGACAUCAAGGCCUCAGUCUUAUAGAUUUCCCUGUAAUGACCAAACAGACAAGGUAUGCACUUUUCGCUGGAAACCUGGUUACAGUCCAGGCAUAUUUUUACUAUUUUUCUAGUUGGCAAAGUGCCUCAACCCCUUUCAGUAUACUGUGUAUAAUAUAACAAACUGAAAAAGCUUUUUUUUCAUUGAAAAAAAUUUGUCUAGAACUUGAGAUGUCUGAGGAAGAAAACAAACGAUUAAGAAAGAAGCUUGAACAGUUAAAUCAGGAGCAUAAUACAGAAUUAAUGGAAGUGAAGAAGAGAAAUGAUAGUCUGCUAGAGGAUUGUGAGAGAUACCGACAGGUUUUUGCUAUAUAUGGCUGCAUGCUUACAAUUUUUAAAAAAGAUAAAGUGUUUAAGUUAACAUAAUAUUUCUUAUUAUAUACUCUCUUUUGUAUGGCAUUGCGUAUUGUGAUUGGUCAAUUUUGGGUGCAGUAUUAUAUUCUUCCUUAUGCCUUGCUAAAUUUGAGAUCUCCUCACAUCCAAUUAACCUCAGAGAUUCACUGUUUGUUCUUGUAAGUGUUACUAACCUCAUUAUCUUGGUCUGCACUGUAAGUUUCUCUUCCUUUUCGCUCAAGCACGAAGAGUGCAGGGUAUAAACUAACUAUAAAAACAUCGAAAUCUUUUAGUAAGAAGUAUUUAAACAUUAACAUGUCGUGUUCCGGUCUGUGAUGUUUUAAAAUGUGCACGUAGAGAAGGCUAUUUUCAGCAACCGCGUGCAAAGUUAACAGUGACUAUGGAAGGUUUACGUUAUAGUGUAUUGAUAUAGAAGAGUUAACAGGGCCCUGCAACAUAAAAAGGAAAGUUUGUUUGUAUGAUGUUUUGUUCCACAGUUACUAACUUAGACUUCAACAGAAUAUGAAAAUUGUUACAAAUAUGCUACUCAACUGUUGCUUCUCUAAAUUAAACAUUUUUGGGGUGCAAAUUGUAAUGUGCUGUCCAGGAGUCCUGUUGUAAUAUUAUUAUUGCAUGGUGCACAAACGUCCUGAUAAACCAUUUUUAUGCCCAGUGGUUUAUCUUCUUUUUCACAGAAGCAUAAUUCAUCAAGUAUCGGUCACUCUAUUGACUGUAUCUCAAUAUUCUCCACACAAUUAUAUUGAUUCAGUCUACAACGUGUGGCACAUCGCAAGUCCCACAUAGCUUUUUAACGUUGUGUUUUUGUUUUCUUUUUUCACAGGAGAAGUAUGAACUCAAGGUAACCAUCAAAAUACUGUUGCCAUAUGCAUAUUUUUCCAACUUUCUAAACAACAUUUGUUAAUUAAACAAUUGUUUAUAAAGCCAAAGCAAGUAGUUUUGUUUGAAGUAUGCAAAACAUGUCGUUUGGUUUCUGGGAUGUGGGAACUGAUGGUUUUGUUUUGUAAGUCACUAGCACUCCUGUAAGUAACUAAUGUAAUGUAUUGCCACUGUCUUUAUCUCCCCCCGCCCCUCACCCCCUCCCUCCGCCCCUUUUGCAUUAUCUUCACGCCCUUCCCACCCUCUAGUAAUUUGAAACGUUGUAAGUAUGUAGCCCUUAGUAGACACCUGUUUUUUUUCUGUUAACGGAGCUGUGCAUGUCAUGAAAUUUCAUAAUAACAAUUAUAAUAAUAAUAAUAAUAAUAAUAAUAAUAAUAACAAUAACAACAUAUUUUAAAAGGAUGACCAUUUCAGUUAUAAAAACUGCUAUCAACAUGGGUUCUGGCUAAAUUCAGCCACUAAAUUGUCCACAAAAUUGACAGAAACAUGUAAGAGAAGGCAUGGGUCGACGAAAUUGAAGAGCCGAGGAUUAAAACGGUUUGUAAUGGGGGUUUUGAAAACUAUUGAGCCUAACACUUGAACUUUUUAAAGGCUAUCUUUGUUGUUUUCAAAUUAAAGUAAGGCAAGGAAGAUAUUUUUUUAAAAUAAGCUGUGAUUUUGCCAUUUACAAGUUAUUUCUUCUCGAACGUUGAGGGCGAGUAUUUGGAAGAAACAACGCAAAAUUAAAAGGACGUGCAGUGAUCGGACAGCCCCUCGUAAUAGCUACCCUGACUCCUAUUUCAUAUGACGUCCCCCACUUGACUCAAUAUUAGGCAUAUUAACUAUAAUUGCCUUGAUUCUUUAGUGUCAGUUGUCAGAGAUGAAUCAGCAAAUGGGAGACCAGUCUGAAUACUGUUCUUCCAUGGGAGCAGCUGUAUGUACUCUGCUAUGGAGAGUGUCUCGCCAGCAGGACUCUGUAUCGUUCCUGCUCGGAGGGGUGGGUAAUUAUUAUAAUUUUAUUUUGAGAGGAAUGCAACUUAGCCUCCCACGCAGACGCGUGACGAACCCCUAAGAACGUUUGCGUGGGAGGCUAAAUGCAACUCAACUUUGUUCUCGGUUUUAGAUUCUUUUCUUGAUAGGUGAAUAACGCAAGGUAGUAUUAUCACUAAUUGAGUGUAAAAACAACAACGACGACAACUAAACGCUGUAAGGCCAAGUUCGAAGUGUUUACCUGACGCAUCAGUUUUCUUGAGAAUCAUGAAUUACAACUUCCCACAAGCAGUGUUGUAAGUUAUUCCUGAAAUUCCAAAGGGGAGUGGGUAUGUUUUAUUGAAAUAUGCGGUGUUUUCGAGAGUAUUCAGGUACGGUUUAAUUGUGAUUCGUUAAUUACAAACGUGAGACAACAGACAACAAAGAAAAAUAGCCUGUUAACAGACCCUCUUAUAUUUUCUCUUUCGAGAUAGUACGCGCUUCGAGUGGGCCUUUAUUCUAUUAAACUUCUGCUUAACUCUGAUAAUUGAUUUUAGCUUUUUAGGUUAUGAUUGUUGAUAUAUAUCAACAAUCGCAAUUUAUUACACUUGAAAUAGAUUACAACAAGCAAAAAGUAGAACGAAAAGGAGAAAGGAAAUAUUUCACUCUACCCGCAGUUAGUGGAAAAGAAAGAAAAGUGAAAGAAAAAACAACAACCAAACAAACCAAAGCUAUACAUUGGAAAGUGUUUACCCUACAAGGCGUAAUUAUUCGCUAAGAAAUAUGGAAUCACUAUAUUGAUGGUAAGUAUCUAGUCCGUUUAGUUGUCACAGACUGACUAUUGUUAUUUGCAGAAUAAGUCUGAAGAAUUUCUUCAUAUCACCGCACGCACAGUGGAGAGCUACUUUGAAACGUACAGUGAAGAAGUGAGCAAAGAAACGUCCGACGAAUUCCAGUUUGUGUUAGCACUCACAGGAACUAUAACCAACAUGGCUGCAGCAGCACAAGGCAGAGACUUUUUAAUGUCCAAGGACAGUGGGCGUGGCUUGAUUGACAGCUUUGUUACUGUACUGACGUCAUCAACACUGGGGAAGAAUGUCAAGCUCAGAAAUUUGAUACUUAUGGCUUUGUAUAACAUAAGGUGAGACGUGCCCAAGUUUCCGUCAACAGGCUGAUUUAGCAACAGAACGGGAAUUCGAACGUUAGUUGACGGCGGCGCGCGGAGAUCAAACAACUGGCUUGAUGAUAAAGAAAAUAACUGCAAAAACUGUGGACGAAAAUCCAGCUGGUUGUCAAUGUUGGCUACUUACAAGAGAUCUAAUCAGCUAAAAUGUAAGAACAAAAAACGACAAGUCCGAAGAGUACAACAGACUUAAGCUGAUCAUAACAAAGUGUAAUGUUUUUUUUAUAACAAUAUUUAGGCCUGGCCGUUCUGUGGCUAAAUCAGCUUAGUGAAAAAACAUUUUGUUUUUCCUUCUUAAAGCAUUCACUAUUGAGGAUCCCCAACAGAGUCCCUAACUGGUUUUCGGAAUUUGGGAAUUUGCCCUAUUUGAAGGGUGGAAUUCGGGAUUUCGAAGCAAAAUAGGGGAGAGAUUCAGGGUUGAAAGUAGGCUGAUUUAGCAACAGAAUGGGAACGUCUGUUGACGACUGCGCGCACAAAUCAAACAACUGGAUUGACCAAUGGCAGAGCGGCAAAUUGGGUACCGGAAGUCGAGUUUAGUCCUUUCCGCGCGCUUACAUGUCGUCAAAUGACGUUCCCGUCCUGUUGCUAAAUCAGCCUAAUAUGCACUGCGGGAUGCGAGAUGCCGAAAAUAACCAUCGGGAUAACGGGUUUGGGGGAAAUUUGUCUCGGGAUGACCGGAUUGAAGAACUCUAUAGGGGACGCUCACUAUUGGCAUUUUAAUUUACUGCAUUUUACUAAUAACAAUUUCCUAUGGUCUUGUAGAAGGGUGCUUACGAUGAUAAUAAUGACAACGAUGGCAGCGGAAACGUCACUUUAAAAGUCAAUUCACGCUGUUCGAAACUUCAUGACUAUAUUCCAUUUCAUUCAAAUUGUUACAUUUGGGCGGAUUCUCUCUGACCUGAAUUGUUAAAACAACCGUGUCCAAAAAAAGGGAAACGGAAAAACAGAAAAGGAAAACAGAAUCCUUUGUCUUGUGCAUAUAAAUAGUAAAGUUAGAAAACUUCACGCUGUAGUCGCGGCAGCAACGGCAGUGAAAUGUACCAAAAAGCGUGAAAAAACGGCAGUUGCUGUUUUGCUCGAUUAGGCAAUUGUUUUUUGUUUUUUUUUUUUUUCUGACGUUCUCGUUGCCGUCGCCGUCGCUGUUGGGUGAUUUAAACUCCCUAUAAUGUUUGCAACGGUUAGAACAUCAGAAAUUUAAUAGCUUCACUAGUAAUCUUGUACCCAGAUCUCCUGUCGGCUUCGUCGAUAAGGUAUUAAGUCGAUAUUAAGUGCACGGAAUGUUAGGCUACAAAAAGCGUGCAUAACACUUGUGUUCAUGUUGCAACUGUCCCUAAAAAGGUAUAAAACAGCUUUUCAAAACAUUUUCCCCUCCCUUCCCGUUUUUACUUUAUAGUAAAACCACGAAAUUACCUGUUUAGCCGAGCAUCAUGGCAUUGUACGGGUGUAAGUAUUCAGUUUAGUCAGAAACUCAUAAGGGGUUGAAACGUGUAACUCUCAUAUGUUUGCUUCCCGAUGCUCGUGAUUAUUCAUUUUCGAAAGUACCAUAUUUGGAACGAGAAGAAGAGAUAACUGACCAAUCAAACUUCGUAAACAACGUGACGUAAUUUUCCUUCAGGUUCCCGCGCCCGCUUAAAAAAAUGGCCGACAAACGGGGAAAAGCUUUCAAAGCCGAGAAAGCUUUCAAAGGUUGAAACCAGGAAUAUUACCGAAACACUGAGCAGGAUAUUAUUGCCUUACCACCCGGGCCAAACGUAACAUUAUUUAACCCAUUGACGGCCUCGCAACUUCUUGAAGUUGUCACUUCAAAAAACGAUACCUCGUUGACCCUCUGCACAGUAAACUUACACUGCAAAUUUAAAAGUCUAGAAUAAACAGUGAAAAAUAUUUUCGAAUAAAAUUCAUUAGCUGCGUAUCGAAAGUGUCCAAAACGUGAACCUGACAUCUUCGCAAAAAGUGAUGCUUGUAAUAAAUGUGAGAAGCAUUUUAAGAGCUUAAAUUAAACUUAGACGUUGUAGUCACGAUCGUGUUUUGAGCUAAUUUUAUGAAUGAACAAACUCAAAACAAUAGACAGAGAAGCCGUUUCUUGAAAAUUUUUAUUCAAAGUCCAAAAAGUUAAUCCUUUAAAGCAAUUCGGAAAACACUAUCUGAUUCGUGGAUCCGUUCACGCAAGUGACAUCGGCUAAGCACAUGGCAAAAUUCAACACAAAAUCCAUUUCAAAUCAGGGCACAUUUUGUAAUUUUUCUGUAGCGCCGAAGAGAAAAAUUUAUAAAACGUCUAUGAAACAUUUAAAUAUACAUAAAUUCCCUUUCAAAAACGUAAUUGUCUUGGCCAUAGAGUGCAAAAUGUACCUGAAAAUUCAGCAAAAACUUCGCUGACUUGGUUGCAUUUCAAAACAGACCAUGGGCUCCGCCGUGAAGAAAACAAGGUUGAAUUCCUCGAAGGACGAUUUCUUGAUGAAAAGCUUCCCUUUCUCCACAAAAAGAAAGCUGAGCAUUCUUUUGAACUUUCUCUUUCCAUUUUUUGUCUUUUAACGGUGUAUUUUUAACCUUGAAAUGCAGAACUCUUGUCUUAAAACAUCUGCAUGAUCGCGCAGCAGCCAUUCUGUUGAAAAUGGAUAUCCGUCACUAAGGUUUCCAAAUAUGGUCAAAAUGAAUAUUCACGAGCAUUGAACGCGAGUUACACGUUUCAACCCCUUAUGGGUUUCUGGUUUAGUAUUUAAAAUUCUCUAUUGGAACUAUUUUUAGCAUCAAUUUCUCUGGACUUCAGUACAUCAUCAAGAAGCAAGAGCUACUAGGACAUCUCCUGCACGUAAUACGAGGUACUAUUACCCAUUACACGUACAGAGAAGCUUUGUAGAAUUUGCCAAGCUAAUUUGAGCCGCUCAUCUUCGGCAUGCUUCCCUUGGGAAUACAGUGACAGGGUUUUUCCAAAACAGAAUUGGACAUAAGAAAAGAUGUCACCAUAAAAUAACUGGCUAGAUAAAUUCUGCUACAGAUUCUGAAAAUGAACAUACGCAUGCUACGAUUUGGUUUACUGACUUGAAUUCAUUGUUUGAUUCACGUUAUUUGAAAUUAAAUAGGGCCUUCAUAACUUGCAUAUCUUUGUGGAUGAUUAAUGAUUGUGUUGAUGGCGAUGGUGAUGAUGAUGAUAGUGACGACAUGACGAUUAUAAUUAUUAUUAUUUCUUGUAGUGGAGAAUGACUCAGAGCUAAGGCUAAAUGCAGCGAGGUAAGCGAAAAAUAACUUAUAAAGUUGUAUUGUAGUUUAAUCAUUAAAUAACCUGUGAAUACGUAGAGGACAAUCAAUGCUGUUAUCUCCUCAGACUGCUUCAGUCUAUUGUUAUGGAGCCAAACAGUUUGUCAAGCGAGGCCAUUGAAUCGGUGAGUUUAUCUUUUAAGGUACGGUACAACAGGCAACAAAAAAACGUGUAGUUUGUCUUGCAACAUUCCUGCAAAACGAGUUGAAUAGCGAUGUUGCGCGUUUUACCACCGGCGGCCUUCAAACGGCUGUCCUGCAACAAUUCAGGUUGUUGCCGGUUGCGAAAAUUUGUUGCAGAAAGUAGUUGUACUUUUUGCAACAAAAUCUGUACAUGUUGCGCGUCUACCGGUCCAAGGCAAACUUGUUUUGCUGCAAGUGACGUAACUCCCUUGUAUGGCGUGACUCCCGCGUAAUUUUAUCCAAUCAGAAGUCAGAACUCAGCAGGCAACUUGCGACAACCUGAUUUGUUGCAAGACAGGUUUGAACUUGGGUGGUCAAACGCGUAACAUCGCAAUUCAAUUCGUUUCGCAGCAUCUGCAUCCAAAACAAAUAAAAAAAUUACAAAUAUGCAUAAAUGGUCUCUUUACGGAAAAUCUAUCCGUCGCGGUUGAGAGAUCUUCAGAUCAAGAUUCACCUACAGCAAAACUGAGAAGGAUGACUUGGUGUACGGUUACUUUCCAAGCAAACCUUGUGAACAGUAGCUUUACAAUGUACAGAUUUUCUAGUGUUUAUAUCGUAGCAGUAACAUUCUAAUAGACCGCGGUAUUUGUAUUGUGUAAGCAGCUUUAAACCUUCUUAUCAACCUGUAAGUAGCCUCCCUUUUUUCAAAUAAUUCAUUAUCACUGGAACGAUUAUGAAAUAUGCCUCUAGAAUUUCAGUGGUAUACUACUUCAACUUAGGAACGAAUUUUUCGUACUACUGUGACUUCUUUGGAAGGUGAUUCGGCGACUAUGCUUUCACUUCACGUAACUGUAUCCCCCCAGCCCUUAAUUUACCAGCAGCCAACGCUUGAUACUCAGACUUACUUUGAUUAAUUUCCCUGUGUUACCCUGCUAGAUUUCACUGCCAGUUAUUCAAAAUCUCGUUCGAGCCACCAAAGGAGAGGUAAGCCACGCAUUACAUGUAAUUUCUAUCUGAUGAAAUGUUAUUUACAAUCAGUAGCAGUCUUGGGACACUUUUUCGUUUCUGGGGCGUUUUCCAAUUCACAAAGGUCCAACCCGUCCCCUCACCCCACAAACAAUGUUGGACCAGCGUGUAUCCAGAAUUUUUUUUUGGAGUUUCAACUUUGUAUAGAGUUGGGGGGAGGGAGAACUGAAAGAAAAUUUCAAACAGGAUGCACUGUUUUAAGAGGCAACCGGGAAAUGACAGAUCAAAAAUAUGAAUAUUGCAGUAUUGUCCCAAGGACUUUUGUCCAGGAUUAUAGUUACUAACUAGGACAGUGGUUACCUGAUCUUUCCCCAUUUCCAAAGGUAAAGUGAUUGGUCAUCGCUGUUGAUUCUGAAGUUUAUUUUAUUUUUUCCUUUUCUUUUACAGUUACGAGAAACACUCACUGAGGUGCUCUCGGACUUGCAGUCCUACUGUACGUGACUCAGCAGACUGCGUUACCCUUGGUAUUUUCUCGGUGUUGUUAGGCUGUCAGUGUGUACUGUAUUUUUUCAAAUAAUUCAUUAUCACUGGAACGAUUAUGAAAUAUGCCUCUAAAAUUUCAGUGGUAUACUACUUCCACUUAGGAACGAAUUUUUCGUACUACUGUGACUUCUUUGGAGGUGAUUCGGCGACUAUGCUUUCACUUCACGUAACUGUAUCCCCCCGGCCUUUAAUUUACCAGCAGCCAACGCUUGAUUAUACUCGGACUUACUUUGAUUAAUUUCCCUGUGUUACCCUGCUAGAUUUCACUGCCACUUAUUCAAAAUCUCGUUCGAGCCACCAAAGGAGAGGUAAGCCACGCAUUACAUGUAAUUUCUAUCUGAUGAAAUGUUAACUACAAUCAGUAGCAGUCUUGGGACACUUUUUCGUUUCUGGUGCGUUUUCCAAUUCACAAAGGUCCAACCCGUCCCCUCACCCCACAAACAAUGUUGGACCAGCGUGUAUCCAGAAUUUUUUUUGGAGUUUCAACUUUGUAUAGAGUGGGGGGGGAGGGAGAACUGAAAGAAAAUUUCAAACAGGAUGCACUGUUUUAAGAGGCAACCGGGAAAUGACAGAUCAAAAAUAUGAAUGUUGCAGUAUUGUCUCAAGGACUUUUGUCCAGGAUUAUAGUUACUAACUAGGACAGUGGUUACCUGAUCUUUCCCCAUUUCCAAAGGUAAAGUGAUUGGUCAUCGCUAUUGAUUCUGAAGUUUAUUUUAUUUUUUCCUUUUCUUUUACAGUUACGAGAAACACUCACUGAGGUGCUCUCGGACUUGCAGUCCUACUGUACAUGACUCAGCAGACUGCGUUACCCUUGGUAUUUUCUCGGUGUUGUCAGGCUGUCAGUGUGUACUGUCAAGACUGUUCAGAGUUGUUGAGUUAACGGUUUCUAUUUACUAUUUAUGGUGUUUUCUUGUAUAUGAAUAAUGUAAUAUCUACACCAAGGGUUAAUUAAUGCAUUUUUAACGUCUUUUUCUCAUAUAUUUGUUGUCCACGGCAAACUUUGCACAACUGGAAGGAAAUACAAGUCUAGUGACAGUUUUAUCUGUCAGUGCUUCCAUUUCUUUUUGUUAUCUU